UGUAUUACUUUCUGGAGGUGCGCCAUGGGGGUUUACACUCAGAGGGGGUCUGAGCACCGGGAGCCACUGCUCAUAACCAAGGUUGAGGAGGGCAGCAAGGCAGCAGCUGUGAGUCUCCAGGUGGGAGACGAGCUAGUCAACAUCAACGAGAUUCCCCUGAGUGGCUACAGACAGGAGGCGAUCUGCCUAGUGAAAGGAUCCCACAAGACCCUCAGUCUGGUGGUGAAAAGGCGGAAUGAACCCAUAAGCAGGCCUCACUCCUGGCACUCUACCAAGUUCAAUGAAAGCCAAUCAGAGACCGCCAAAACACAGUCUCCACCCACAGCAGUCUGGCACACCAGAUAUGAUGCAAGCUCAUCCUCAACUGAUCUUUCCACUGGCUGGGAGCAGACAAACCUGCGCAGAGUGUCGGACCAGUUCAGCUCUCUUGGCAGCAUGGACAGUCUAGAGCACGUUUCACACCCAUACCCCGCCGGUCAGCUAUCGCCUGCCAAGUCAAACAACAGUAUGGAGCACCUAGGAGGAGGGAAACGAGACUCGGCCUACAGCUCUUUCUCCACCAGCUCUGGCACCCCAGACUACAUGCUCUCAAAGAGCAACGCUGCUUCCACAGAGAACGUGCUCUAUAAAGUGGGUCAGUGGGAUGCAGGGGGAAAGCACAACAGUGUCAGAAACAGUCAGAGCCUGGCUGCAGAAGGAGUCAAACAGGACGACAGGCUCACAUAUUUUCAGAUGCCAGGAGUAAUUUCAGGCUGCGACGGUCCACAGACCGAGGACCCAGCUGGCUCCCGCCACUCCACCUCAAGCAGAAUCAGCUUCGGACCCGUCUGGAAUGUCCCUGAAAAAAAGAAGACCACUUCGCCCUCCCCUCCCCCUCCCCCUCCACCUGCACGUAGUGAUAGUUUUGCUGCGACGAAGGUGCAUGAAAGAGGACUUAUAUCUCACCCAGAAGGGCCUGAUUCACACAUGCCCUAUAAGGCUUCCUCUGAAAAUCGCAGAAGCCACAACAUUUCCCCAAACAAUGACAAUGACACUUUUUACGCUUCCUCUGAUAAAUCCAGUCACAGCCAGUUCAACCCAAACAAACAGUGUUCCCUGUCCAGCAGUGGCGUUCGCCAAAGCCAACCUCCCCACGUUAACCAGCCCUACCAUCAAAGACAUCACGGUGACAAAAGCACUUUUUAUCCUCAGUCCCUCGCUACAUCUGUACCAAAGCCACAAAAUGUAGGUGGCUACUAUAGUAGCAUGCAGGAACUGCCCACUAACGGUUCUGCACAACACUUUGGCCAGAACCAGAGAAGGAGCUUAAGCUCUUCCAUGACCUCCUCUGCCACUGACCAAAACACUGAGAGCAGUGGACAUAGCCGAUACUACUGUGUCACUACGUGUCAGCCGACUCCGACCAACCCCUUGUCUUUGUCAGGGAUACCAGAGGACAGGAGGAGCGUCACAAGUGCAGAUGUGGCACAGACUGGAAAUGAUCGGACUUCUCACAGCCCACAAAUGGUCGCCAAAGUCAACUAUCAGCCGCGCCACUCCUCGCAUAAUAAAGAGAGUAAUGGAUAUAGCAAGCACCAAGUUACCACUGUACUGGAAGCCUCUGUACUUAAACCCAACACUGAUGAUAAAGGAGGCCAACAACAAGGCCACAACACGCAAAAUCUAGAAGCUCAGUACAAAAGUUAUUCUCAUAGCAGACAAUCUGAACAACGGAGGUCUCUGCCGCUCCAGCACAGAGAAAUACAACAAGACAGCAUCAGACAUCACAGCCAAGGGAGCAACAAGAUCUGCCCCCAGGCAACCCCAAUGCUCCACUCACUAUCCAUGGAUGCCGCAGGACAAGAUAGGCAAACAAGAGGGGCAAACUCGGAGGAGUCCCUCGACAGCAAGCAGGUGAAGCGUAGCGAGCGUUUUGCCACCACGUUGAGAAACGAAAUCCAGAUGAGAAGAGCAAAGCUCCAGAAAAGUAAGAGUGCAGCGGCUCUCCCCGGUGCCGAGUGUGAGACUGAAGAAGGUCAGGAAGUCUGGAAAUCCCCUGAAAGUACCACGCCAGCCUCUGCAGAUGGGUCCUUCUCAAACACCUACAAGGACAAUCUGAAGGAAGCACAGGCACGGGUGCUCAAGGCUACCUCCUUCAGGAGAAGAGACCUGGAGCCUGUGUUAUCUGAGCACUCUGCAGCAGAGGCCCUACCUAACUACCCAUCCUCAGUGCACGCUCGCAAAGAUGUCAACCCUCUGCCGACUCUCACCGAGUCAGUAAUGAGCAGUUCAGGACUUGCAGCUGGACAGGUGACUCGCAUUGGUGGCCGCAAGCGUUUUCCUGCGGAAAAGAAGGUUAGGUCUUUCUCAGAACCAGACAAAAUCAACGAGGUUGGGAUGAAAGAAGAUCUGAUGAAUAGUGACAAUGGAGGCUCCUCACUCGAACAGCAGACCUUCUUUAAAGGAAGUGGGAAACCAGGAUUCCCAAAUCGCACAUCCCUUCCAAGUUAUACCAAGAACCAAGGCCCAGAUGUUGUAUGUGCCAUUGCAAGUGAAGACGUAAUGAAAGGAAUCGAGGAAAGGGAGUACAGUGAAGACACCCAAGGGCUUCCUUACUCCACACACAAGCAAUCCAUCCAAGACCAGCAGAGACUGGGCACCUUCGCUGAGUACGAGGCAAGGUGGAAUAUACAGAAGAAACCUCCAGAAAAAAGAGCCUCUGGACGGUACCGGUCAGCUGAUAACAUACUGGAUCCGGGGCCGGAAGAGCAAACCACAUCCUCUUGUUUCCACGAGAGAUCCCGGUCAUCUCCUUCAGCAGACCUGUAUGGACAGAAGGUUCCAGUUCCUGCAAGAAAGUCCGAGACAGAAUAUUCCCAGACGGAGAGAAAGCCUGUUGAACCGCUCAGCACCGACACAGCGUUCUCUGCUCGAGGCCCAGGUGACGGCAAAGUUAAAGAGAAGCCUGCAGAGUUUGAACGCUACUCAGCGCCACCCCCUCCGCCCAUGACGGGAGCAAACGCUGACUCCAGACACAGAGCUGCCCCUGCCACCGUGAACCACGGACACACAUCUGUUUCUCACAGCCUUCCAGAGACUGCCCUCCCUCCGCCCGACGACCACAGCCACCCCGAGCUGCCGUCUGGACCGAGGAGAAAGCCCUCCGCGCCGGAGAAGCUUCCCCCACCCAGAUGCCCAGAGGUCGACUCCCAUGAGUCUUUAACCGGUUCCCAGAGCGAAGUCUUCACCCACUGCUCUCCUAACACCGAUCCUAGCUCCUCCUUUGACCCCGCCCACUCUGCAAAGGGAGAUUCUGAGCAGGGCAAAGGACUUGUGGACAAAGGACAAGGGGCAGUACAUCAUCUAUCAACAUCCAAUCCUCAGCCUGCCUCCUCUCCCCCGGCUUCCUCCCACAGACCUUCAGGGCUGGCCAGCAUGGAGGGCCAGCGCUCACCCUCUCCACAGUUUUCCCCUCAGAGACUCAGCGACAGGCCCCCGGCCACUCUCCGGGAUGAAGACUCAAACAGGAUGGAGCAUGUGAUAGAAAACCAAAAUACCGCUGUGAAGAAAGUGCCCAUCAGGAUUGUCCACUCAGAGGGACCCACGGAGAAGGAGAACAGUCCAUUUUUGAAGCACAGUGACACUUCUGCGGUUGAAGCUGAGGGCUAUGGUGUGACCAAGCUCGGCAGCCUGGGAGCCGCAGGGCAGGAGUCGGUCUUCUGUGCCUUCAGCAGGCAGCGGGAACCUGACAGCGCCCCAGCCUCCGAGACACAACAAAUGCCCCAGAGAGACGCAUACAUGAACACUGUAAAAGAUCACAUCAGCUCCGACAGUCAGCAGCCACCGCAGCCCACAGACGAGCCCGGCAGCAACAGGGUGGCCGCGACCACAGGACUGAGUCAGGAGGAGGACCAGAAGAGAGAGGAGCUGGCCAGGGACAUCAUGGGGAAGGAUAAAUCACUGGCUGAUAUUCUGGAUCAGAGCAAGAUGAAGACCACAAUGGACUUGAUGGAGGGCAUCUUCCCUCAGGGGGAGCAGCUGUUGGAUGAAGCUCACCAACGCAGGAAGGUGCAGACAAAGCAGGCCAACUCCCGGCCUGCUGAGGAAAGGGAAAAGGAGGACACCACGGCAGCAGCUGUCACCAUGGUGACCAGCUCGACAUAUUACAGCACAUCUGCUCCCAAGGCCGAGCUCCUCAUCAAGAUGAAGGACAUGCAGGAACAGGAAGAGCAGGAAGACUCUGAAGACGAGCUGGACAUUGAUUUGGCCAACAAGAAGCAAGAGCUGAUCGACAGCCUUAGCAAGAAGCUCCAGGUGCUGCGGGAGGCCAGGGAGAGUCUUCAGGAGGACAUCAUGGACAACAAUGCUCUGGGAGACGAGGUGGAGGCCCAGGUCCAGCAGAUCUGUAAACCCAACGAGCUGGACAAGUUCAGGAUGUUUGUCGGGGACUUGGACAAGGUGGUGAGCCUCCUGCUGUCCCUGUCAGGCCGCCUGGCUAGAGUGGAGAACGCCCUCAACAGCCUGGAGGAGGACGCUACUCCAGAGGAGAGACGCACGUUGAUUGAAAAAAGGAAGCUGUUGAUCCGCCAGCACGAAGACGCGAAGGAGCUGAAGGAGAACCUGGACCGUCGUGAGCGCGUGGUUUACGACAUCCUAGCUAGCUACCUGCAGGAGGACAGCCUUACUGACUAUGAGCACUUUGUCAAAAUGAAGUCUGCGCUCAUCAUCGAGCAGCGCAAACUUGAGGACAAAAUCAAACUGGGCGAAGAGCAGCUUAAGUGUCUGAUGGACAGCCUGCCCAUAGAACAGAGGCUGGUCUUGUGAAGGAGGUGGACACUAAUAGAUCUUAAACAACCCAAUCUGACCCAAGUAAGAGACUGGGCACGUGGCUCCAAGUUGCAGUUGCACCCUUUGGACAGAAGAGGGAGACAAACUGCCUGUAAGGACCAAGGACUGGUGCAUUUUUAGCACAUACUAUACUUCUUGUCUUUCCAACUUUGACUGACAGCAUCAAUAGGUAACUCCUUUUUAAACAUGCUGUUUUUAUUGGCAUCCGCCAGCCACUGCAUCUAAGACCUUUCAUGCCAUUUUUGCUUUGUUUUUAUGUAUUAUGUUUAUUUUUUUUUUAGUAAUUUAUUGUAGCCUUUUGAAUCCGCGCAGGAGGUAACAGUAUUUUAUCAUCGAUUGAUUUGAGCAGCCAUGCUACCUGAUGUGUGAGUAUUUAUCAUGUUCUCCAUUUAUUUCACUCUGAAACACUUUUCACAUCAUCUGUAGGAUCGGCCAAAUUAUUCCAGUAAACUAGUGGCCUUUUUUAAUACGUUUGUUUUUGCGCCCUCGCUUACCACGAUGAAGAAACACGGAGGCAUGUUAGUGCAGCGGUCCUGUGAAUGUACCUGUGGACAGAAAGUGUGCAGAUACUGGUCAUUUUAAAGAGCACUUAUUCAACUUCACUAAGCAGAAGAAACACUUCACAUCCAGACUUGAAACUCAAGUUGAAUCCAGAUUUGAAGUGCCUGGAGAUUCACUCUGCAAACGCGGCUUGAUAAUCCACUUCUGCAGGUUGCGUCAGUUGGUGCUCUUCUGUUUUACUCACAGUCGGAGGAUCUUGAUUUCGACUCCGAUAUUGACACAGAUAACUGUGGUUCGGUUCAUUUCUCAAUGCUUCACUGUGUUUUGUUGUUCCUCGAAUGCAUACAGUUGUCACAGUUGUUGUUUCCAGUUCAAUUUCAACACUAAAAGUUGUUUUUCUGCUCGGUAAUUUUGCAACCAGAUACGGAAGCAAAUCCUCCCAAAGCAUUUUCACCAGCUUGAACUUCAGUCUGUCACCUGUCUAAAUUUCAGACUUAAAUCAGUCCUAAAGGUAAACACUACUGGAGGAUGUUUGUUCUGCACAUUUGAGUUUGUUACAGUUUCACACGCUUCAUGCACUGCUACGUCCUGACCUUUUAACACUUUAUCAGCUGUGCUCCUUUAUAUCAAAUAAAGAGUCUGCUGAAGUCA